CGUUUUACUAUGUGACUUUGUGCAGAAUUCGUACUAAGUACAACUCAAUACGAUGAUGGUUGUUGACUUGCCAUGUAUACCCUUCCAAACAAGCAGCCAACUUGUACAAAUUGACAAAAAUUCCAAGUAAUCCUUCGUUUUAUAAUUAUAAAGAUUGGAUUUUGUUAAUCAACUGCUGACUGAAAAAUUUAUCAUAAAUAUUUAGAUGACACGGAAUUAUGGCAUUUUCAUUGACGCUGGUUCAAGCGGAUCACGACUGCAAGUUUAUUCAUGGACGUUUUCCAAAGAUGCAGACUCAAAACAGAAAACUAGUCUUCCGCUGAUAGAACUUGGGGAUGGUAAUGAAGGAGACUGGUCCAUCAAAGUACAACCGGGCAUAUCCUCAUUUGAACAAAGACCAAAGGAGGUUGGACAGAAACACAUAGAAAAGCUGCUUGAUCAUGCUGAAAAGGUCAUUCCGAAAGAUAAGCAUAAAAGCACGCCCGUGUUCUUAAGUGCCACGGCUGGUAUGCGCCUUCUACCUCCGAAAACGCAAAAAAAAAUAAUGUAUAAUGCAUGUCAGUACAUAAAAGACGAAUAUGAUUUUGCACUUCCUGAUUGUGAAUCCAUGAUUCGGGUUAUUGACGGGAGAGCUGAAGGUGUGUACGGUUGGUUGGCAACAAACUAUUUGCUUGGAAAUCUUGAUUCGCCUUCUGAAUCUUCAACAGGAUUUUUGGAUAUGGGAGGUGCAAGUGCACAGAUUGCCUUUGAAGUUUCCCCCGAAGUACAAAAGGACUACAAUGAUAGCAUCAGUACGGUAUUUUUAGGUUUGGAUAAUGGUGAACAGAGAGGUUAUCCUCUUUUUGUUACUACUUGGCUUGGUUUUGGUACAAGCCAAGCAUAUAAUAGGUAUUUAAAUUCUUUAAUUGAAGAAAAUCGCAGUUCUCCUUCCGAUAUUAUUGAGGAGCCCUGCUCACUUCGCGGGAGACAGUAUUCCAAAGAUGGACAUUCUUUCCUCGGUACUGGCGAUCUGCAACUAUGCCUGAAACGAACGUAUACGCUUCUUAACAAAGAGGCACCCUGUUUACGAGAUCCUUGUGGCUUUGACGGCAUUUCCAUUCCGCCAAUUGAUUUUGUUAACCACGAGUUCAUUGGCGUUUCGGAAUUUUGGUAUACGACAAAUGAUGUUUUCGACAUGGGUGGAAGCUAUCAUUUUCCCAACUUUUACCAAAAGGUAGCAGAUUACUGUGCUUCCGACUGGGAAUCGAUGCUUUCACGACUGAACAAUAACCAACUAUCUUCCUCUACAGAUGAAAGCAAAUUAGAAAAACUCUGUUUUAAAGCUUCUUGGGUGAUAAAUUUUCUGCAUGAAGGUUUUGGUUUCCCUAAAACUAAUACAACAGAUACUGAUGAUCAACGUACAGACGGACUUGAAGUAAUACCGGCGUACCAUUCUCAUUUUACAAGUCUUGAAAAAAUUGAACAGACCGAAGUAAGCUGGACACUUGGUCAAGUGCUUUUGUAUUCAUCUAAUCAACAAUUCCUUCAAGACCCGAAAUAUGCAAAGUAUCAACUAAAUACAUUCGGAAAGUUGAUCCCCCCUAGAGGGUACUUCCAAAGUAGUUUGAGUGGAUUUGUCCCUGUCUUAGGUGUUUUCCUUUUCUUAUUCAUUUUUGGCUUUUUAUCCUACUUGUUGACUAAUAAUCCUAAGAGAAGGUCUAGGAUUAAAAAUUUUCUGCUUCGAUUUAGUGGUAUGAAGGGCAGGUAUAUUGUAAAUGCCCACGGUGACUACGAAGAUAUUGAAGAUUUUGAAGAUGAUAUGGAGAUGACGAACUUCUCAAAGUCGAAGGCUGCUCCCAUUCGCACUACCUCUAGCCAUAUUCUCGCUGAUCAUUUAGCCUUUAAUUUUAGUCGAGAACGAACACCAAGAUCUCCUUUGCCUUAAUUUGUUCUCACUGAGCAACUAUUUUGUCGUAAGCUAUUUACACUCGUUCUUCAAUUUAAAAUUUCCGUGAUACGUAUGCACUUCACGCUAAAGACAUACAUUUUCUUUCGUUCUUUCUACCUAUACAGCCUGCGUUUAUUUAUUAAUCCCUUUUCCGUUUCAAUAAUUCUCCAAUGUCAUGUUUAAUA